AUGAAUCAACAAAUUAUUCAUAUUUUAAUGCUAUCAUUGCUAAUCAUAGUAACAAUUAUUUCGGCGCGACCACAAUUUUUGCCAUCUGCUAAUUAUGAUUGCAUUGCUUCGCCAAGUUUAAAUGGCUAUUCAACUUGGUGUGGUUAUAAUCAGAAAUGA